AUGACCACAAUUUCCACUACAGCAUCAAUGAUGAAAAUGACUAGAAUCAAGGGUAUCUGGGUCCUCCUAGUGCUCCUGAUGUGCGGCCUUCUGUGGGCCCAGUUAGCCACCUGCCAGCUCCAGCGCCCAGAAACCUGCCAUUCCUGUGUGCCAAGUUCCGAUCGCGAAGAGCUUGCCAUCGGCUUUCACUUGGGCCAGUCAUAUGGGGUGUCUGUUAAUCUCCUCGAUAACGGGACUGCCGUUAGCUUGGCCAAAGUCCCUGGAAGCCGUAAUUACGCUGAAUUGAUGGAGCGGCUCAUGGUAACAUCGCGGCCUCCGGGCGGUAGGCCGCCUUACGGCCUCGGCGCAAUUCUCAUUUGGGCAGUGAAGUACGCGCUCGGCUUAUCACCUCCUCCUAGGGACAUGAAAAUCCUCGCGGAGCUUAUCGAGGAGCUGAAGAGCACAUCUGAAGAGACGCUAGGAAAAAGCCUAGACGGGUACGAGGUUUCCAUUACGGCACCUUACCAGGAUUUCUGGCGGGAUCAAAGCUCUUGGGACUCUGAUAUCAAUGACGCUCUUUUGCGAAGUGGCCUGAAGCCGUGGUUCCCUUACACGAUGGACCCCGUGUACCUUGGUGAAGCGAGGACGGCACUUGCUGCCUGUGGACGUUGGUUAUGCCAGCCGUUCGAGUGUUUCAGGCUUGAAGAGUACGAUGGCACUCCCGAGCGAGCCUACUACAUCAGGUCGCUCUAUACAACCUUUACGCAAGAACCAUGCUUCUACAAACAGCCACUUGAGCGCGCUGGGGUUAUAGACAACCAUCUAGGCCUGGACCGACUACAGGACAUGCCUCCCGAGAAAUUCUGGGCUGCUCUCCGGGAGCGUCUGUACACCCGAGCCAAGGACCUGCAACACUUUGGGUGGCCGUCCGGGGCCAAGUCCCUUGUCGUCGUAGCCGGGGAGGCCGCCAACCAUCCAGAAUUUCUAUCCAUUGUGAAAGCCAUGUCAGAGGGUUUGCCAAAGGUCAUGUUUAAUCGGCUAUCACAAAGAAGCCCACUCGGUACUGGCGCCGAGCUCGUGAUUCCGGGGGACCCCGUCUUGGCCCCUGCUACGGGGGCGGCUCUCUGGUCAAGGCUGAAGGUUGAGGCUGGGUCGUACCGCUGCGAGGCGACUGAGGCUGCGUGCUGUCAGCCCUCUGAAAGUUUGUAUCCAAUUACUUGGGAGGUACCAGACGAGAAAGAUGAGUUGUGA